AUGACUCUGUUCGCGGCCUGGGAAAUGGACGGCUCCGCGCCCAUCUGCGUCCCUCGGUUGUGCAGCCUGACUCUGAAGAAACUGGUGGUGUUAAAAGAACUGGAUAAAGAUCUCACUUCUGUGGUAGUAGCAGUCAAAAUGCAGUACCCCCAUUUCUUGAAAAGAGAAGGCAAUCAGCUUCAGAUCUUGCUGCAGAGAAGGAAGCGGUAUAAGAACAGAACGAUUCUGGGCUACAAGACGCUGGCAGGAGGAUCCGUUAACAUGGCUGAGGUAAUGCAGCACCCAACGGAAAGCGGCCAGGUUCUGAGCCUUUUCAGUAGCAUCAAGGAAGCAAUAACCAAAGUAGCAGAGAUCUGGAUCUUCUCACUGUCCAGUCAGCCAAUAGACCAAGAAGAAAGCACUGUGCAGACGAGCCAGAAAACCAAGUCGUCAGACAACUAUUCGGAAGAGGAAUAUGAAAGCUUCUCUUCUGAACAAGAAGCAAGCGAUGAUGCUGUUCAUGGGCAGUCGUCCUACGUUGCUACCCAGAACGAGGAAUUGUCACUCAUGAGUGCAGCAGUGGAAGUCAGGAUUGAGGUAUGGUCCAGGCUGGGCUGUCAACCUGUCCCCUUCAUCAGAGACGGCAGUGACAGGAUGGCGUUGAUAAUUGUGUAUGUAUAUGUUUUUGAUUCUGAGCAGGAUCCAGCUGAGCAUGUCGCAGAAGCUGAAGAAGACCUAGACCUUCUCUAUGACACGCUUGAUAUCGACAACCCAAGCGACAGUGGCCCUGACAUGGAAGAUGACGAAAGUGUUCUCAGCACGCCGAAACCAAAGCUAAAGCCUUACUUUGAAGGCAUGUCUCACUCAAGCUCUCAGACAGAAAUUGGGAGCCUCCACAGUGUGAGAAGCCAGAGAGAGCCACCCAGUCCUGAGAAUCUUCAGCAAGAAGACACACUGGAAACUGAACAAGUGUCCGCUCUGGAUAUGUUCCUUGAAAAGCUUCCACCAAGUGGCAGAAUUACAAAGACAGAAUCUCUCAUCAUUCCAUCUGCUAGAUCUGAGGCGAAGCAGGCAGGUCGCAGAGGCAGAAGCACAUCCCUGAAAGAGAGGCAGCCGGCGAGGCAGCAGAACGAACGGGCCAACAGCCUAGACAACGAACGGUCUCCAGACACCAGGCAGCAUUUGCAGAUCCCCAGGAAAACUGUUUAUGACCAGCUGAAUCAUAUCCUGAUCUCAGAUGACCAGCUCCCGGAAAACAUUAUUCUUGUCAAUUCUUCCGAUUGGCAAGGAAAGUUCAGCAAUCAAACGAAGAAGAAUAGAGCUGCUCGUCUUAAAGUGGCGCUUUUGGAGUCAGCCCUCAAUCCGGCACCCGCAAUGGAAGGUCAGUCUUCUACACAGCGUGAGGCGAUCGACACCGAACCAUCGACAUCGAAGCACUCGGCGUCGAAGAAGUCGGCAUCGACUAAGGAGCACGCAAGGUCUCACCCAGUAGCGCAGUAUCUGGGCUCAGUUGAUUACCGGUACAACAACUUCUUCCAAGAUCUGUCCUGGAGAGACUUGUUUAACAGGCUUGAAGCUCAAAGCACUGUCCAGGAAUCGCCAGAUAUUGUCUCCAGAAUAACCCAAUAUAUAUCAGGAGCAAACUGUGCACACCAGUUACCUAUUGCAGAGGCCAUGCUGACAUAUAAGCAGAAAAGCCAGAGUUUUGGUAUGGAGUUGAUGGGCCUGCAAGUGGAUUACUGGAUUGCAACUCAUCCUCUGGAGAAGAAAAGAGAUGUUGAGAAGAAAGAUCCCUCUGCUGCUAAGAACACACUGAAAUGCACUUUCCGGUCUCUCCAGGUCAGCCGGCUCCCUGCAAGUGGGGAAGCUGCUUCCGCCCCAACGAUGUCGAUGACCGUCGUCACAAAGGAAAAGAACAAGAAAGUCUGGAUUGACGGAGUGGAGUGGAAUGACGUGAAGUUCUUCCAGCUGGCCGCACAGUGGUCCUCUCAUGUCAAGCACUUCCCAAUCUGCAUUUUUGGGCAUUCCAAAUUUUAA